AUGUCUUGGCCAGCACGUUUACUAAAUGAAGCCAAUCGCAACUUGCAGGCCCGCAUUGAACAUGUAGGUGAUGAUGUCCAGAAGAGAGCUGCGGAUAUAGACUCGCAGCGAGGGGUCGUUGCCCUCUUGCGAGAGAACUUGGCGCAAGUAAGACGCCACAUAGAUUCUGAUGAGCGUGCUACAAGUGAGGAGCAGGAGCGCCUACGUGAGGCUGAGAAUAAAUUGCAGGAACUUCAGCGAGAGGAGUCUCAUUACCGUGCAGAGAUGCAGCAACUGCGACGACGCCACGAGGAGGUAUGUGCAUUGCUGCAAAGCACCACAUGUGUGCUGCAAACCAAGGCAACUGCACUGGAAGAUGAACAGAAACUGUCAGAGGCGCUGGAGCGGGCGGCACUGGAGAUGUCAAUGAUACAUGGCUCCCGCAAGAGUGUACAAGAGACACAGGAAGAGGUGGAAAAACGGCAGCGGCGCCUGCAACAGGUACAGGCUUCACUAGUAAAGGUGCAUAAUGAGGUCCGUACCUCGCAGAAGGUGUUGCUGCAGGAAAAGGAGGAGACAGCACGGGUACAGAGAGAGUUGACCGCAUUACGGUAUGAUAUCGAAAAAGGGAAACAGGAUAAGGCAGAGUCGUUGCUUGCAGUGUCGCAUGUGCAACAGGCAGUUAUGGUGUGUGAGUCACAAACAGCAACGAAUGCAAAGAUAUACACUGAUGUGAAACAAUUAUUAGAAGCGCGACGUAAUGUGCUGAUGGAGAUGCAAGAGAAACUUAAGAAGGAAAAAGCACAACUAAAAACUGUAUCGAAUAAAACUGAAGAAUGCAGAAGAAAACAAGCAAAACUCAUGGAACGAUUUCAUAGUCUUUCUACAGAGACACUACAACACGAAAACGCAGCAGCAGCAAUGCAACGACAGCUUGCGUCUCAGUUAGACGUAAAGCGAGAGCUAACACGAUCCCAGAACAAUGCCUUAGCUCUUCGUGAUGAACGCUACAUACGACUUCAGGAGCUUCUUUUGCGUUCGAGAGAACUUGAUAGUCUUAUGAAAGAGUCAAAAACUGAUAAUAACCUUCAGUCGCUUCGUUGUUUAGAGAACACAAGGGUAUCACUUCAACGUACCCUUCAACAGUUGGAUGCUCAACUUCAUCAUAUGCAUAAGGCGAUGAUGGAUUGCUUCUCUAAUAUGCAGAGAGAGGGCCGCGUGGCGGAUGAAUUGAAUAAUAACAUUAUGAAGACGAAAAAAUCUAUUCUUGCUGCUGAGCGCGACUAUGCUACUGAGCAGCAGUCUCGAGAAGAAUGCCUAGGCCACCUUCAAGCUAUAGAAGAACGGCUGCUGACAGCAGAGCAGAACCUGUCCCAAACACGUGUCGUUGUUCGCGAGGGAAAUAAACAUGAGCGAGACCUUAUGGAGGGAACUGUGCGGGAUCUACGGGCGGAACUUCACCGACUAACGCGGGAGGGAUUUGUUCUUCGACGUGAGAUCACACCUCUGCGUUGCGCCCUUAAUGCCCAUCUCAAACUCCUGCACGAUGCAAGGGCGAACCUAACCCUUCUCGAGGACGCUGCUCUCAUACGAGGGAAGGAGUUGACUGCUCUUCAAGAAGACGGCGCGUGUGUGGUAAAAGAGAAGCAGUCGGCUCUUCUUAAGUACUCUGAGGUGAUGUUUCAGUUGCGCUCCGUUCGUCAGGUAGCCGAGUCGCAUCUGGAGAUGAUGCGUGGGGUGGCGAGUGUUGAGGAUAUUCUCCGUGGGCAGGCGUCCGUGGCGCAGGAGGCAGUUCUGACAGACAUUAAGAACUCAUUGGUAGAGCUCCACCUUGAGCAAAAGGCACAAGGUGAGUUGCAGACGGAUCUCCGACGAUGCCAAGAACAGUUGCGGCAUUUGAAGUCUCGUUACCAGACUAUCAUGGAGUCUAUGACUCGAAAACUUGCUCCAACAGGUGAGUCGGGGAAGGAAGAACUGCAUGUUGAAUCCAGCAAUUCCUCUUUCCCGGAGGUUCUGCAUGCGAAGUGUAUUCUACAAUCUUCACUAACUCGAGAGGAGUUACAGGAGCGUGGAAAUCACCUUGAUGGACGCAUCGUGUUUCUCGAGCACGAGACACGGACAUUGCGAAACAUGUUACAAGCUAUGCAAAUGGGUGUAGGGGAGAGGCACAAAACUAUUCUAGAGACGUCUAACCAGAAAGCAGCAGAGCAGGAAACCCUCUUGCUUCGAGAAGGUGUGUUGGGUAACCGGGAAGCACUACGUGCAGAAGUGGAUAAGGUAAAUAUUCUGCUCGAGCAAUUGCAAUCUCGUAGGAGGAACCUUACCCAGCGUCAGAAAGAGGUAAACAAGCGUUUGGUGGAGCUUCGGGUUCUUAAGGCUAAUCGAGAAGUGGUUUUGCAGCGCCUGAGGGCGCAGAUCAGGCGGACAAGGCAAAAGCAAAGUCACCAGAAGCAGUACCGACGUGAGGUUUUCGGAUUUUGA